UCCCAAAAGGUAUUCCAAGGCUAAUUUCACUUCUCCCCAUUUUUUACCUCUUCACAAUCCUCCCACUUUACUUUUCUUCUUCAUUUCUUAUAGCACUCACCACUUUUUUCAUUACUUGGCUUGCCAAUUUCAAACUCCUUCUUUUUGCUUUUAAUCAAGGCCCUCUUUCUUCUUUCACCUCAAAAAAUGCAACAAAUCUUCCUAUAUUCAUUUUUAUGGCUUCCCUUCCUCUAAGAUCCAAACAAAAUACCCCUAUCAAAAACCCCACCAAGAAAAUCCCAUUAAAUCUAGGUUUAGAAUUUGUCCUUUUUGCAAUUUUCUUGGAGUUGACUUUUCAUCACAAAAGUCAACUCCACCCUAAAUUAAUCUUGAUUUGUUAUUGUUUCUUGGUUUUUCUCACAAUUGAUAUUCUUGUAGCAUUAUCUAGCAAUAUUGUUAAAAUAAUCUUAGUGGGGUUUGAGUUAGAAUUAGAGCCACCAUCAAAUGAACCUUAUUUAUCAACUUCCCUUCAAGAUUUUUGGGGAAAUAGGUGGAACCUCACCGUAACCAAUACACUGCGUCUCACCAUAUAUAACCCUGUGAGGUCAGCAUUGUCAGAAGUUGUCGGGAGAACGUGGGCCCUACGUGUUGCCAUGCUGGCAACUUUUGUCGUAUCCGGUUUAAUGCAUGAGCUUUUGUUUUAUUACGUUAAUCGUGUGAGCCCUUCGUGGGAAGUGACGGGCUUUUUUGUGUUACACGGGCUUUGUGUGAUGGUGGAGAUUGGUGUUAAGAGGACUUUGAAAGAUGUGUGGCGGUUACCGGGCUUUGUUUCGGGCCUGUUAACGGUUGGGUUUGUGGUGGUUACUGCUUUUGGGCUUUUUUUUCCACCAAUAAUUAGGAAUGGUGCUGAUGAAAGGGUACUUGAAGAAGUUGGGUUUUGCUUUGACUUCAUCAAAGAUAAAAUGGUUCAAUUUGUUGGUUAUUUUAGAUAAAAUUUGUAAUUGUUGGUUAUUAAUAGAAUAGUUGAUU